AUGCCUGGAGGAUUCGUUGGGAGCUUCUUCGUGCAACGCAGUGGCUCGCCGGGCGCAGUUCUGGACAAAACAGCCGUCGGGUGCCAGCCAAAGACGAGGUGCAAUGGUCACGGAUUUCCUUCAUGUCUUGCUGCGGAUCAGGUGGUGUGGGCGUCCUGGCGCCGUUCGUCUUGCAGGCAGUUUCGCCAGACAGCAGGGAGGCGGUUGCCACUAUUGGAGGCCACGCCCGUUUCGCAAGAUGGACAGAGCACCACCAUGGAGGAAAACAGUGCAUUCGGCAGUGCCAGAACGCUUGACUGGCUGGACGUCCGCUCGAAAAAGCCGUUUCCACGCGAACUAAUGGCAUCCCUGGACGACCGGCCUUUUGACAAGGAGCAGAAGCGACUCCGGCGUCUCCUGGAUGAGGCAAGACAAGAAGGGCGAACACCAGAUGACUCUUUGCUCCAGCGCUGCGGAAGGCAUGGUCUUCUCAAUGAGGUCUUGCCUUUCCUCGAUGAGAGCAGAGGCGUCGCAGUGGAGGCUGCAAUUGCGGCCUGCGUUCCGACUGGACGAUGGCAGCAGGCUCUAUCCUUUAUCAUCGAUCUUCAAAACGAGGGUCUUGAGAUCAGCCAGAAGGCGCUUUAUCAUUCUAUCCGUGCCUGUUCUCGAGGGGCUUGGCGAAAUGGGCUAAAGCUCCUUGGCAUCGCAGGCGAGGUGGCGCUCGACCCCGACUCACGAUUGUAUGCAGCAGCAAUGUCAGCGUGCCGCUGGGAAGCGCGACAGAGAUCCGCAGCAGCUGCAGAUGCCAUGCUGCUGUAUGAUGAGUUUAUGUCUCUGCCCAAUGCGGCAGCAGGAUCUCAGCUGAUCCGCGAGGCGGCUCAAGCCUGUGAGGAUGGCCCCUGGCUCCAGCCCGUUUCGUCGCCCAAGAGACGGAGGAUUGUGGACUCGGGCACUGAUCAAGACCUAGCACCAGUUGUCAGCAUUUGCGGCCCGAGCGAGUGCGCGGCGAAUCUGCGCACAUGGCAUCGGCGCGCGAUGUCUGGUCCAUCGCAAUGCCCCGACCAGGUGCUCUUCCUCCUUGAUGGAAGUGGGCUGAGCCACAAGCCCGGUGGCACGGAGCGUGGGCAUUGUGGCGAUGGCAUGGCUUGGACAACUCCGAUUCAUCAUUUGGACAUGCCCGAGAAGCUUAUCUCAUGCUGCCGCCAAAUCCGCGAGCUUGUCCCUGCAAGCCGUGUUCGAGUUUUCGUUGACAUUCACGGUUUCGGCCGGCUUCAAGCCAGUUCCAGCGAUGCAACGCUGCCUCCUUCCUGGGUACAGUGCGUGCCACCCGGCUGUCGCGUUGCAGACUUUCUGUUGGAAUUUGGGCGCAAGCGUGCUGGCAACGGCGGGGAUGUGAGUGUCGUGUCCAACGCUGCGGAUGUGGUGGAGAGCUGCCAGACUUCGGAGCCAAAGUUGCGACAGCUGCACUUCAUGAUUGUCGAUGGUGACCUGGUGAUGCCUGGCCUGCGGAGUCUGCGGAGCCCACAAAGCGAGCAGGAGUGGCCAGGCGUUCAUGCACCAGCAGACCGAAAAGGACGCAAGCGCAGCCGCUCACCACGCCGAGCAGAAAUGGGAAGAAGCGGCCAGGGCCAGGCUGGAGAGGAAGCCAGUGAUACUCUUCGCGAUUCCCAGCUCGACGGCGAGCUUUUGGAGGAGCCCUUGGGGGCGCUCGGAGACACGCAGAUUGACGGUUUCCAGGACUUCGAGGAUGCACGACCGUCUGCUUUUCCCAUUGGAGGCCUGGUGCCGAAGUUGGCCAUGCCACUUGACAUGGCCGUCUGCUACGCGGAUACCCAGGUUGUCGAGGACUUGCCGCAAGAGUUCGUGGAGCAGUCAAAGGCGGCUUCUGCUGACAGAGCAUCGCCACACUCUCCCGCUUGCACUCCACCCUCCGAGCCCUCAGCCGUGGCAGCAUCUGUUCCGGAGCCUGUCCAAGCCAGCAGCCAGAAUGGAAGUUGCGUCUCCUGCAGUUGCGCGGAAAACACUGCGCGAUCACAGGACUCUCAGGCAUCGCGAGUGUCGUGGGGCGGGGGAAGUGAUGCCGAAGAGCUUGCACUUGUGCAGUGCCGAGGGCGAUGUACAGAGGCUCGGUCUUUUGCUGUUCUGGGAUCUGCAGCGAGCAGUGUGGGCUGCAUGCUUCCAGCGGCACCUCUCGAGAAUCUGCAGGCCCUAUCGGAUCCGCAGGCGAAGUGA